AUGAAGACUUUCGGACUCCUCGCUCUGGCAGCGAGCGCUAAACUCGUCUCCGCCCACACCACCGUCAUGGCCGCCUGGGUCAAUGACGAGGACCAGGGCCUGGGCAGCGGCGAGGACGGCUACAUUCGCACUCCUCCCAGCAACUCCCCCGUCACCGACGUGACCUCCAAGGACAUGACCUGCAACGUCGGCGGCUCCACCGCAGCCUCCAAGUACAUCAAGGCCGCUGGUGGCGACAAGCUCACCUUUGAGUGGCACCACAACAGCCGCGACGCCAGCGACGACAUCAUCGACCUCUCCCACAAGGGCCCCGUCAUGGUCUACAUGGCGCCCAGCGAGGCCGGCUCUGCUGGCAACGGCUGGGUCAAGAUCGCCGAGGACGGCUACACUGAUGGCACCUGGGCUGUCGAGACCCUCGUCGAGAACAAGGGCAAGCACUCCGUGACCGUCCCCGACGUCCCCGCUGGCAAGUACCUGUUCCGUCCUGAGCUCAUCGGCCUGCACGAGGGUACCCGCGAGGGCGGUGCCCAGUUCUACAUGGAGUGUGUCCAAGUCGAGAUCACCUCGUCUGGCACCAAGGAGCUGCCCGAGGGUGUCUCCAUCCCUGGUGCCUACAAGGCCGACGACAAGGGCGUCCUCUUCGACAUCUACAACCAGUUCGACAGCUACCCCAUCCCCGGCCCUGCCGUCUGG